GAAUCGCCGACGAAGAAACCCGGAAGCGAGCGGCGGCGGGGGGCGUCCAGGCUUGGCUAUGGGGUCAAAAGGCGGAGAGAGCUGGACCGCUACCGUUGAGGCUUUCCGGGUGUCCCCCACCGCUUUCCUCUUAUCCCACCCGGCCGGAGACACCUUGGCCGCUGACUUGUUGAAUGAAUUGCGGAGCGAAAAACUGGGGGAAGCCAUCAAGCUUUCGAUCCUGUCUUUAUUCUUGGAAUAUCCCACCCUGCUCUGCCCCGAUGCCAAGAAGGGUCGGGAAGCCGCGGCCUCCCUCCUUUCCCUCUUUGCCCAGCUGAGCCUCUCCCCCAAGCACGUCGGCCUCCGUUGCUCCCUGCUCUUCGCCGCAGAAACGGUGCUGGUGGCGACCGACAGCCUGGGCGAAGACUGCCCGACGUCACACGAACUGCUGUCCGUACUGCUCCACCUGGUGUCUGACCCGAACGACAGCCGGGGGGGAGUCGCCGAGCGGCCUAUCCGCGCGGCGGCUUGCGAGUGCCUUCGAGAACUCGAGAGCUGCUACUCGGGAUUCCUGUUACACCGACUGGAGAUCCUGCGGUCUCUGCAACAGCAGGAGGCCUCCAGCGUCCACCAGGGUUACACCCUGUUGUACAGCUUGGUGCUGCGGAACGCCAUCUUCCUCCUGGCCCGGAAUGGACAAGGGUGCCUGGGGGACCUUCUGGCAAGCAACGGGGCGCUGGUGUGGGAGGCUACGAAGGAAAUCGGCAAGUUCUCGCCGGCGGCCCUCGACCAGCUGGUGCUCUUACCAUCUGCGGCGGACCUCAAGGAACUAAAAUUGGUGCUCUCGGCGCUUCUGGAGAGCAGCUAUCUCUUAACCUCCGCAGCACAGAGCCACCUCUUGUGCCACCUGGCUCAGGCGGUGAGCGUCGUGCGCACUCAGUCCCCGGCAAUUUUCAAAGCCCAGCUGGCGCGUCUCUUUGGCACAGCCAGCGUGACUCUGGAACACGCCAUCCUACAGCUGAAAUCGCUGUUCACCGAUAGUCUAUUCACCGCUGAGGACGAGUCUUUCCUCUUGCGGCAUCUGGUGGGACUGGCGCAGCACCCGGCUCUCCCGGAGGCCGUGAAGCUUUUCCACUUGGAUUGUCUUUUGCACUUCCCCGAAAACCGGCCGCUGGUCUCGGGAACUGACGAGCGGCUGCCGGUUCUGCUCACGCCGCGCACUACCUCGGGCCUCUUCCCCGGGUUCUUCCAAGAUCAGGGGACCGUCCUGGCCCGGAUGAAUUUGCUGUGCCUCGUGUGCGUGGAGAACGAGGGGCCCAGUGCCGAACGUGGGGGUGGUUAUCUCCUGGAGCACGUCCUGGCCCUUGGAAGCCUAGUGGCCCGAGGCGGAGGAUUGGAUGCCACACGACUUUUCUUCCAAGCUGCCUUCAUUUUUGCCCAAUAUUUUGGCUCGCAGGCCCAACCCAUGGCGGAACUCACGCAGUGCCUGCUGGAUCUCUACCGUCACAACUGCACCUUAGUCCCGAACAUCAUCAAUCUGUUGGACAAAACAUGGAAGAUGCUGGACGAGUCCAGCUGGGCCAGGACGCUCGCCCGGGCCCUGCAAGAAUUUGUCGUGAGCAUCCCCUUGCAAGAGGAAGACCUAAGUUGGCAUCUCAAGAUUUUGGCCCGGCUGGCGAAGGAGAAAGAAGUGCCCCAAGGGAGCACCAUGCACUUCUUAGCUCGUCUGGUCGCCUCGGGGAAACUCGGGGAUUGGCGCUCGGGCCAGAUCCUUCUCAGCGUUUGCCGGAAUCUGAUGGUCCUUCACCCCUCGCCUGCGCUGUCCAAGCUGGCGGCCCUCCUGCAUGCCAUCUCCCAGAGCCACACAGAUGUGGAUGUCCAAGACCGGGCUAGCUUUUAUUACACCCUACUCACCAACCUGUCCAGUGAAAAAUUAAGAUCCGUGCUGGUCCACGAAGGUCCUGUCAAGACUCGGUCGCUAUCCUCGUCCAUUGUUGCCGACAGUGAGAGCUUUGUCGCCGCAUUGACGGUCCACUCGGUGGAUCCGGCUCCCUUGAAGCUCCAGUGUGUUGAGAUUACAGGGGAUACCCCGACAGCUCCUCCGGCUGAGCAGGAGGUGGACAGCUACUGCCAGUGGUUGCUGGCCGACCGCUCUCCCUCACGGCUCAGUUUGACAUACCAGCUGGUCCAUGCGGGGCCUGGCACGCCACCCUACGACCUCCUCCUCUGCGUGGUGCUUCGCUUCACCUGCACCAGCCGGCAUUACGAUCCGGUGCCUGAGCUCUGCAUUCCGUGCCUUUCUGCACAUCGCCCGUCCCCGACGGUGAGGCUGACACUACGGCCGCAUUGCCCGUACCCGACACAACUGAACGUUUCUGCCCUUUAUACGACGCAAGACGGGUUGACGCGUUGGAGUCGGCUCGAAAACCUGGACGUCGCCUUUCCAGACCUUUUCCUACCCCUGCCGGUCCCCGCCUGGUCUCCGGAGAAACGUAGCCAACUUUUUGAUGUGCUCUGGGAGCUCCUGCGGCCCGACGCCAAAGACGCGCACGCCGAGAGCCUCACCGUUUGGCCCCUGCCGCCCCGAUGCUUAGAAAGCUUAGUGUGUGACCAAUUUGGCAGGUAUAUCCUAGCUGAGGAAGGAGAUGAGUAUAGGAUCGCCCUGACUUUACCGCCUCGGGAUCACAUCCUGCUGAAAGUGCGGAGUGUAGAUGAUGCGGCCCGGGUGAGCAUCCGCACCGACAACUGGAAGCUGCUUCCCUCGCUUAAUCACUAUUUGCAGAGUCUGGUGCAGGGCAGCUGACACCCCAAUGCCCCUGUGGGUGGAAGGGAGAGAUGGUGGGUCAGGCUUGUCGCCCUCACCUGCUUUUGGGUGGAAUCCUAAAAUUUCUCAGAAAUGUUCCCAAUACACAAAAAAGAAAUCUUUUGCAACCUCAAUGUGGUUAAAUUGGACAGAGGAAGAGGACGAUAUUUGGGAGAGUUUUGCAUUUAGAUUGGAUGUAGGCCGGAGGGGGUCAAGCCUUGGCUGUUUUAAGAGCUGUGGACCUCAAGUCCCAGAAUUCUGAGGAUUUCCCGAGGGAGGGGUGGCUCCAAAGUUGGGGCGGAGUCAACAGCAGCAGGAAGCAAUGCCGGCCGGGGAAUUCUGGGAGUUGAAGUCCACAAGUCUUAAAGUGACCAAGAUGGGACAUAAGCGGAGGGGAAAGGGGAACGGAGCGAUGUGUAGCAGUCAAAUCUACAAUACGUUGUGGCUUGAUGAGAUAGUCUGAAUCGCACAAGAGGCUUAAGAUAGUUGCUUAGUGUCGCUACCUCAUGCUGAACGCCAUUUCCCUGUCGGAUUCAUGCGUUGUGCAAAAAAC